CUUUAUUAAUUUUAUAUUAAAUGCAUUACAUUUUGUAUUAAUUAAUUUUGUAUUAAUUUUCUUCUAGCCGCUUGCAAUAUGGUGGUGAUACAGGUGGUGAUACAGGUGGUGAUACAAAUUUCGUCAAAUAAAUACGACAAUAAUCACUUCUUUGAAACGUUUCCAAAGGCUGUAAUAAAGUAUGAUUACUCGCUCAUUCUUGCAUGGAUCGUAUUCCUGUGCAAUUUUAUGGCCGGCCUUGCCUUCAUGCUUUUCUCCAAGAAGAGGAAGAGGGAUAAAGCACCUACUGAAGAAAUAGCUAGUGCUGACGAACCUACAAUAAUUGGACGCUAAAUUAUUAUUCUUGUUAUUGUUAUAAAUAUUACUAUUAUUAUUGUUAUAACUACUUGUUGAAGCCGAUGGUUAAAACUAUAUUAUUAUUUAUUACUAAUGUUACAUCUAAAAUUUUAUUACAACUAAUAAAUGGAAAACAGGCUAAUGAGAGUCAGCGCGGGUAAAAGUACGCAAUCACAAGUAUCGAUAUUAAAUCAUUUAUUCAAUUUAUAAUUACAAAACAAACGUUUCGACUCUCUUUGGAGUCUCGACUCAUCUUUGGCUCAACAAAAAAUAAUAAAAAUAUGUAAUGAACCUUCCUAAACAUUUUUUCCCGGACCGUCCACCGUCCAAGCCUGGCCGAACAUAUGCCGGAUGGCAAAUAUCGGCGCAAAACGCCUAAUAAAAUUACCAGAUUUUAAGCGAGCAAACAUUCGAACGCAUCCGUGCGUCAAACAUUUCCGCGCGCACCCGCUCUCGUUCCGUCGCCGUUUGCUUCCGCGUGCACGCACAGUCCGUCUUGAAAUACCCGGAGAAAUUGCCUCAGUAUCGUUUACCGAUCACUCUCUGCAUAUCCCCUCCUUUUGGGUAUAAAAGAUUGCGUCCCAAAGAGACGUGGGACGUUUCUCUCCGCCUCCGACCGACUUACCGUGAGGAAGACACCCAGGUUGA